AUGCCUGCGACUCUAUCCGCAGAGGAGAUCAGGUUUCUCCCGAUGACCCCGGAGGUUGUGCCUUCCAAAGACCCAAUGGCGGCAGCAGGCUCCUCGACAUUGAAAGCUGAGAACGAGGGACCAGCUGUGCAGGGAGUGGAAGGGGUGAAAGAGGUACGCCCUGGAAUGCCUAGAUUCACCACCAGCAAGGAAAAUGUUCUCGCACAGUUCUUCAUCGGCAGCAUCGAUCAAGGCACGACUUCCUCCCGAUUUAUCAUCUUCGACGGAACGGGCCAGCCAGUCGCCAGUCAUCAACACGAAUUCACGCAGCAUUACCCCGAGUCCGGUUGGCACGAACAUGAUCCGAGCGAGCUUGUUGCAUCUGUGGAAGUCUGCGUGAAGAAGGCCACCAAGGUAUUCGAAGAGCUGGGUCAUGAUUUGGAAGAUCUUCGCGCGAUCGGCAUCACCAACCAAAGAGAAACAGCGCUUGUUUGGGAUGUGGAGACUGGUGAGCCUCUGCAUAAUGCUAUUGCAUGGCCCGAUACUCGCACAAAGGGAUUGGUGAGAGAUCUGAAAGAAAAGGAGAAAGCGAUGGGACUGGACAUUUCCAAAUUGACAGGAAUGCCAUUGUCCACAUACCCAUCCGCCGUCAAGCUUGUAUGGUUGCUACAACACGUACCAAAGGUCAAGGAGGCAUACGAUGCUGGAAAGCUGGCAUUCGGUACGGUUGAUACCUGGUUGCUCUACAACCUCAACGGAAAGAACCGCGACUACUUUGUCACCGACAGCACGAACGCGUCGAGAACAAUGUUCAUGAAUUUGCACACAGUCACAUACGACAGGCAGUUGCUGGAGUUCUUCGACCUAGACAUGGAUAAACUGCAUCUGCCGAGGAUCGUGCCUUCAUCGGAUGGAGAAGCGUACGGAAAGAUGGCGUCCGGUGCUCUUGAAGGCAAGCGUAUAGCGGGAUGUCUGGGUGAUCAGUCGGCAGCGCUGGUCGGUCAGCAAGGUUUCACUCCUGGCUGUGCGAAGAAUACAUACGGCACUGGUUGCUUCCUUCUCUACAAUGUGGGAGAGAAGCCCGUUAUAUCCGAGCACGGCCUGCUCGCGACCAUAGCGUACGACUUUGGUGGACACAGAAAGCCCGUGUAUGCCUUGGAAGGAAGCAUAGCUGUUGCAGGAAGUGGUGUAAAGUUCUUGAUGAACAACAUGGGAUUCAUCACGCAUUCUGAAAAGAUCUCAGAGCUUGCAGCCACGGUGGAAGACAACGGUGGCUGUGUUUUUGUCACAGCAUUCUCCGGUCUCUUCGCACCCUACUGGAUAGACGAUGCCAAGGGUACCAUCUUUGGCAUUACACAGCAUACCCAGCGAGGCCACAUUGCCCGCGCUACUCUCGAGGCGACCUGCUUCCAAACCAAAGCCAUCUUAGACGCGAUGCAUAAAGAUUCCGGCCACAAGCUCUCAGAUCUGGCCGUAGAUGGCGGCAUGUCCAGCUCCAACCUCUGCAUGCAGACGCAAGCGAACAUUAUCGGAAUCCCAGUCGAUCGCCCUGCUAUGCGCGAAACCACGGCGCUGGGAGCCGCCAUUGCGGCAGGAUUUGCCGUCGGCAUUUGGAAGGAGUUUGCGGAACUCAAGGCCAUCAAUCAGAAAGAUCGAAGCCGAUUCGAGCCCGAUAUUGGGCCCGAGCAGUCUGCUAAGAUGUUUAAGAAAUGGCGUCGCGCGGUGGAAAUGUGUAAAGGAUGGCUUGAUCCGGAUGAUGGCAGCGAAGAAUUCGCUGCGUGA